AUGUUUUCAUUACAACAUGAAUUAAAUGCAUCAAAUUUUCAACAACAUUCUCCACAACAGAAUACAUUCGAGCACUCUUCGCCCCUGGAAAGCGAUCAUCAUCGGAGUUGGGGUUCUCUUCUUCCAAAAUUUCAUCAAGAAAAUAACUUUCCCGAUUCCAUCUACCUCACUCGGAGCUAUCUUUGUCGGAUGGUUGAAAUUGCCUGUGAUUUACAUGAAACAAUCGAAAACUCUUUGAAAAGAAGUGAACAAGUUCUUGAACAAGCCUUCAUUGAUUUUGAACAGGUAAUAUCCUCUUCGGGUCAAGAAAAGACUGAAGGACGAAACAACUCUUCUCUAUUGUCAGACAUUAGUGAGUACAUGGAUCCAAAGAAACUUCAACAACGAUUGAAUAUUUUAGCUGUUGAAAGGCUCAAAGCUCUUGAACAGAUUCAUUCUUCCUUCUUAGAGCCCCUUUUGAAGGUAAUUUCAUCAGCACCGCCAAAGAGGACAGUGGACAAGAACAAUCAUCAAAAUCUCAAUCACAACCCUUGUAACGAACAACCCUCUCAGUCACCACUCUUGUUUUUUCAUUGUCCGUCUUCAACAAACACAUCAAAUUUAUUGCAAGUUCCAACAACACCAGUGAAAAAUAAUCGUUCAGAACCUGUCAAUGAUAAUAUGGAGCUCGCGGCAUUGCAGAAAAUUCUUGAACAUCUCAAAUCAAAAUUGGAAAAUGAGAAAAAUCCUUCUCAACAGAACGUAUUGAGGGUUGACAUUCAAAAAAUUGAAAAAGAAAUUUUCAUGUUGGAAUCUGGAUGCUUUCUAAGUCCAAUUGUGAAACUGCAAAAAAGUGUUCAGCAUCAGAUGCAAGGAAAGAAAGUGAAACCGCUUAUUUUAGAAAGUAGUGAUGAAACAAGUUCCUCACCAUCAACAUCACCACUUGAUGCACCAAAUGUCAUGGAAAACGCCAAUGUAUACACAGACAAGCUCCAUAACCAAAAGCAAAAUGAUCAACAAAUAGUCGAGUCAAGGGAUCAUUCUGGUUAUUGGUCAGUGACAUCCUCUCUUACAGAGAACAAUCAUCAGGGACAAGGUCUUGCAGAUUUGAACUCCCAAUUGUUCGAAAGCAUGAUAUUUGAGGACAAUCCACUGUUUGCAGCAACUGAGCAAAUUUCUUUUUUAAGCGAACCGCCAGCAGAGAAUCUCAUACCAAGCGACUCAGACUCUGAUAAGGAGCAAGAUGUUCUUACCUCUCAAUUUCUUUCUCCCAGACGAGGAAAAAUUGGGAGUACGGAGACGCCAAUCCUGCCUCAAAAGAAGAACGUUGAAAUAGCACUUCAGGUCAAACAUAUUUCCCAGCAAGAUAACAAAACAACAGAAGUUAAGACUCCAACACAAAAACAAAAACAACCAGAUGUCACACCUUCUCCAACCACCAGAAAAACACUAACCUCAAACACACCCUCAAAGCUACCCUCCCGACCCAACUCGGCAAAGAAAGUCCUCCCUCUUGAAAAACCAAAAUCUCCAAAGAACACCACCUCUCACGAAGAAAGACAUAGGGCACCAAAGUCGUUCAAACACAUGAAGGAAAAUUCAAAGGUAUUGCCUAACCACACGGGUCUCAGUGACUCGAUUCGAAUUGGGAUUGGCACGACUGAAAAGAAAAAGGCAGAGAUAAAACCUUGGUACUAA